AUGAAGAUAAACGCCCUUAAGUCCGAGUGCGAGAUCUACCGUAACAGCUUCCCGGGGAGAAACACAGCGUUCAACGGCAUUACACAAGACUUUCUUGACGGAAAGUAUGACAACGAUGAGAAGAUCCUAAAGAUGAUCACCAAAAUGGUUUCGUAUCGCAACACUUUGACGAGAACAGCAACGGAAUUGUUGACCCUCGCCAAUAUUCCCAAACCCAACGGAUUAGACUGCGCACAAUUCGACUUUCACGCGUUCCAAGACUCGCAGUCAUACAGAAACAAGGAGGCCAAAUACCACCAUGCCUUCAGGCAGGUUGCUCGAUUCGACAGAUCUUUUUUUCCUCCUCCAGAUGUCAAAAAAGAGGGUCGACCGUUCGUCAAACCUGUUCAGUAUGUCGCUGCGGCUUUGACGCUGGAUGAUGGUACCGACUCGAGCGAGGAGAUUGCAGCUGCGGUGCAACGAAUUAAAUUGUGCUACGAGACGAUGCUCGCUGACAAGACCACGAAGGAAGUCGAUAACGCUCCUGAGAUGAGCUAG